CGAUCGUCUGGCAUUCAGCUGGCAGUCUUUGUUUCGCCUCCAUCGAUAUGUGCUGUCGUUGCUGUGGUGUGACCCAACAGAAGGUAUGGGUUUUCGGCACAGGGACACUGUUGGCCAUAUCCGGACUCUUGUCCGUAAUAUGGGGACCUAGCUUUAUGGACUCGCAGAUAAUGAAGGCAUUGCCACUAACGCCCAACUCGAAGACCUUUGAAAAGUGGGAGGAGCUGCCCAUUCCCGUAUACCUUCAUAUGUAUCUUUGGAACUGGACUAACGCUGCCGAUGUCAAGGACAAUGGAGUGAAGCCCAUUUUCGAGCAAUUGGGUCCGUACGUCUACCGGGAGGAGCGCAAGAAAAUGGACUUGGAGUGGCAUGCUAAUGGCACAGUAACCUUUAACCCCAGACGCAUUUGGUACUGGGAGGAGGAGAUGUCGGGAGGAAAGCAAACAGACAUUAUAACAGGGCCCCAUCUGCCAUCUAUCGCUGCUGCCACUUCCAUGAAGAACAGCAACGCUUUUCUCAAAUUUAUGUUCAAUCAAGCACUCAAUGCGAAUGGAGGAGCUUUGUACACCACCCACACCGCCUCGGAGUGGCUCUUUGAGGGCUUCUAUGAUGAGUUCCUGCACUAUGCCAUGAAUCUGAACAAUCCGCUGGCUCCUGAAAUCUUGGACGAUCACUUUGCUUGGUUCCUGAAUCGCAACGGAUCGAAGGACUUCGAGGGACCCUUCACUGUGCACACUGGAGUCGGUGACAUCAAGGAGAUGGGUGAAAUCAAGUACUGGAAAGGGCAGAACCACACGGGCUGGUAUGACGGUGAAUGCGGACGACUCAAUGGCAGCACCACUGAUCUCUUCGUGCCCGAUGAGCCGAAGGAGAAAGCUCUCACCAUAUUCAUUCCGGACACCUGUAGAAUCAUCAAUCUGGAGUAUUCGGGCGUGAGCUACGAAAUCGAAGGCAUUCAGGGCUGGAAAUACGAAGUAACCCCAAACACCUUCGACAAUGGACAGCUGAAUGGAAACAUGAAGUGCUACUGUCCGGCUGACAGGUUCCCAGAUGAUUGUCCCGCCAGCGGAGCCACCUCUCUGGGACCCUGCGCUGAUGGAGCGCCCAUGUAUCUUUCUGCCGAUCACUUUAUGUACGCCGAUGAGAGCUAUGCAAACACAAUCACCGGCUUCGAUCCUGAGUACGAGAAGAACAAUUUCUAUAUCAUAAUGGAGCGUAGAAUGGGCGUUCCCCUAAAGGUGGUGGCCAAUGUGAUGAUCACUUUGUACAUUGAGGAAGAUACUAGCAUCGACAUCCUAAAGGGCGUGCCCAGCUUCUAUGCUCCACUCUUCACCACAUCCAGUCAGGCGCAAAUAAACGCUGAACUUGCCUCCGAACUGAAGUUGGCGCUUAGUCUCCCCGCUAUUGCGCGCUUUACUGGAGUGGGCUUGCUUUGUGUGGGCUGCAUCCUCCUAAUUAUUGGAACUGUGUUGACUUGCAAGCGGAAGUGGCGUGGACAAGCCGAGGCUGAUAGACUGGCGCUCAGAGAUAAUAAGGUGAUUGAUACUGAAACAGCAGUGGUACCUGGUGAUCAAUAGAAAUCAAGUACAAUCCAG